UCAGUUGUGAAAAAUACUCAGGCGUGCGAGUAGUGCUCGGCAGGUUAAGUAAGCGUCAGUUCUGAAAUCAAAUAAAUCAUAACGAAAUAAAUCAGGAUUAUUACCAUACCCAUUAUAAUUUAAUGAUAAUUAUAAUCGGUAUAGUUGGGUAAAUGUUUUAUUACAUGUAGUGUAAUUUAAAUUCGAAUGCGAGUGGUUUUGUUCUGAAGUGAAAAGUGAAUCUUGUUCUUGGCGCGAAGUCCUUGUGUAUAUUGGAUCGCGUUAUUGCCCACAGGUAUGUUGAGUUUUUUUUUCGAAUGCGCUUUUAAAUCUUUUAUUGAUUUAAUACUUUUAGUCAUAUUGUCGAAAUUCAACAUAUUGAAGGACCAAGAUGGGCUUCGGCCAAGAGAUGGAAGGAUGUGGCCGCUUUAUGAAAUAUAGCAUGAUUUUGACAAAUGUGUUAAUAUUUCUUGGAGGUGCUUUAUGUUUUGGUCUUGGACUCUGGACAGUGCUAGAUCGAGGAUAUUUGAACGAAUUGCUGGGAUCAAAUUUGUUCGCUGGAGCAGUUUAUGUUUUGCUGGCAACUGGUGCCAUUGCCUGCUGCGCGGCCAUUUUUGGGUGCAUAGGAGCUGCAAAGGAAGUGAAAUGCGUACUAUUAACG